AUGUGCUCUGAGACGGGCUCCAGGUACACGGGCCUGCUGCUCUUGGCCUUGGCCACUGCAGCCAUCAUCACCAACCUCCUGCUGUACUUUCCCAGUGGGCAGGUGCUGGAGCCUGCCAAGAUCACAGACUUGGUCUGGUUUUUCCACGGCUUUCUUGGAGCUGGACUCUUGGUUAUGGUGCCAGCACUGAUGCUGUUGAGGGGAGGUGGAGAGGGCUGCUGUGCUCACAGAUGGGGGAUGCUAUUCCCUGUGCUCCUGGCCGUACAGGGCACUGUGGGGGCCCUGUAUUGUGUGGUCAUUUCUUCGCUGGGUUUGCUCAGUGGACCCCUCUGUGACACAGGCAGUGGAAACUACACCUACCCUUUCAGGAAUGACUCCCUGGAGAACAGCUACUUACUCAACCAGCCCACCUGGGCUACCUGCCAAGAGCCUGAGCACAUCGUCCUCUGGAACGUGGUCUUGUUCUCCAUUCUCCUGGGGAUUGGCGUGGUGGAAGCUGUCCUUUGCCUGAGCCAAGCUGUCAGUGGACUCUGUGACAUCGUCUGUGGUACCUGCGUCCGAAAAGGACAGGAGCUGCCAGUUGUCAAUGAAAUUGUGUCCUUGGGGAAGAUCAUGGGACUGGAGGUGAAUGAAGACAACAUUCAAGAGCUGGUGAAGGAACAUGGCCAGGAGCUGAACACCAAUGAACUGAUGGAUCUGCAUCAUGAGCAACACUGGCAACACGCCCUCACCGCUUCCAAGCCUUUGCUUAAAGGCACCUUCGCAGCAGACUUCCCCAGUCACCUGUUUAAAACGACAGCUUCCUCUCCUGCCUACACGCCAGCCCACCUGAGCAGCUUCAUCUGCCCCACGGCCCCCGUCCUCGUAGCUCUCGAAGGCUUUAGGCCCACCAAUCGUUGCUACUCCCUGGAUAGCUCUCAAAUAUAA